GCCCCUCGGGGACCUCCGGGGGUCCCGUGGAUCCACCGCGGGAGCCUCCGACUUCGCCUGCUCCGCGGUGCCAGAGAUUCCUGUGCAGCAGCCAGAGCAGCGGGACUCCUCCCCUCCGCUCAGAAACCCGGAGCACGUAGCAACAACCGAGCCAAUGUGCUCCGCCGCGAUCCGUCCUACCGACCGCGGUGCCUGGCAACAAGGGGGGAAGACGUGAUGACGUCCCCUCCAGAUUGCGUUAUUAUGGGAUGUGCGAAAUUAAACAACCCGAAGAGGACACGAGGGAAGCCCCCCAAAUAAUAAAAGCGACAGAAAUAAGCGCGGUGCAUGGUGGACCAUGGAGCUCUCGGCGGUCGGUGAGAGCGUCUUCGCGGCCGAGUCCAUCAUUAAACGGAGGAUCAGACGGGGUCGUUGGGAAUAUCUCGUGAAAUGGAAGGGCUGGUCUCAGAAGUACAGCACCUGGGAGCCGGAGGAAAACAUUCUGGACGCACGACUCUUCGCUGCCUUCGAGGAGAGAGAGCGCGAGAGGGAGCUUUUCGGACCGAAGAAGAGGGGACCCAAACCCGAGACGUUUCUCUUGAAGGCCAAAGCCAAAGAAAAGGCGUAUGAAUUUAGAAGAGAGGCUCCCAGAGGGAUCCAGGUUUCCUAUCCCAGCCCGGAGCCUGUCAUAACACCCAGGGCCCGGGAGGGUUUACGCGCCGUGGUUCCCACAAUCUUCCCACCGAGCACGGUCAACAGAGGAGAGAGUGUCCACGUCCGACCACCCGAGCCCGAGAGGAGGCCCAGACCGACUCCACCGGCUGCCCUGACACUCCACGAGUCGGGCCGGUUCCCCAAAAAGAGGGGGCGCAAACCGAAGCUGCAUUUACAUUAUGACAAAGAUAAUAGCGGCGGCUCGGCAGAGCCGGACACCAAGCGGAGCAGGCUGGCGGAGGAGCCCGACUCACACGGCCUGUCCCAAAUGGCCAGACCGCUGCACCACCACGGAGAGACGUCGGACCGCAGCCUCCUCCAGCUGACCAGGAGGUUCCAGGAGAAGACCACGAUCACGCCCAGACCCAGCAGCGAGCAGAGACACGCGGGGGGCGCAGGCUUAUCCUUCUACACCUGCGCGUUCAGUCCAGACGCGCGGCAAAGCGACCAGAGGGGACACAGGACUGGCUGCGCGCAGGGCAGCAUGUCUGUCCUGAAGCACCGGGUGAAGGAGUUCGGCCGACCCGCUGACCUCUCCACCCCGACCGUGUCCACGCGCGAUUCAUCCGCGCCACCGGCCUCGUCGUGCUGGACCCCCAGCUUCACCAGCCUGGACACCGUGACCGUGACAGACGUCACCACGAACCUGUUGACCGUCACCAUCCGGGAGAGCAGCACGGACCAAGGCUUCUUCAGAGAUACACGAUGAGUGUGUGCGCUGGAUGUUUAGGGUCAGGGGAGGAUAAUAUAUGUCGAAAUAAUUGUUAUAACAAGCUUCUAACUAACAAACCUACUAUAUCACUAUAUAUAUUUUUUUUCUAUGUAACUUUCAAACGUGUAGAUGCAGAUAUUCAAUAUACGCUGCUGAAAAAAAUAAAUAGGGAAAGUGACAUUGCGCGUUCAAUGUUGUUUUUUUUGUGGCUUUUAAUAUCUUUGCUGUCAUCUUGUUACUCAGAUUGUCCAUAAACACAAUGGGGAGUUUUAGACUUUUUUCCCCCUUAAAACUGUGCAACAUUGUUAGUUUGACAACCUUAUCCAGCUAUGUUGGGUAUACACUGUUCUCCAAAUACGAAACGUAAGUUUAUUUUCCAGUCAGGGGAUUGGAUAAUUUUCCCCCCCAUUGACCCAUACACAUUAUUAGGAAUAUUUGGAGGCAACAGGACCAUGUCAAAUAAUCGAAAUCAUCAGGGCUCGUGUAGAGUCAGUGAUAUGCUGAGUACAGAAAAAUGAAACUCCCAACUUCAUGAACGUCUAAAUAAAUGUGGUGUGCGUUUCACAAAGUAUUGUUCUCUCUAUAAGACAAAUUCCUAAUUUAAUAACACAUAUUUAGACUGCGGUUUAUAUAUUUUGUAAUCGCUUUACUGUUGUACUGGGUUUUUUGUGUCACUUUCACAAAAAAAAAAUAUAAUUAUGUCUCAUUAUACCUGCUUAACCAGUUUCGCGUUUGUAUGAAUUAUUCUAACAAAUAUUUUUGGGGGAAAGAAUUGAAUGCAUGUGAGUGAUGGAAAUAUAUAUAAAACAUUUCCUCGAUAUUCUGUCGAA